AUGUUCGCCAUCCGAGCAUCUCAAAAACAAUCAUCAGCAGCCGAUAAUGAGAAGUCGAUGGAGAAUUGCACCCCUAAUAUUCUUCCCUGUAGAAUCCACCAUGAUGGGUUCGUCGAGUCGCUAGAGCAUUACUGGAACCCCGUAUCCGAUGAGAAAGGAAUAGUUGUGCAGCAUACUGAGCGUAUUCUACCGCCUAAGAGAAGGGAUACUGGGGAUGAGACCGAGAAUCAAAUUGAGCAAGAAGGGCCAAUAAAGGUCCUAGAAAAGCAGGCUACUUUUGACGACUUCAUGGUCUGGGGCCAUGAAGAGUUGCCGGCGGCCGACGAUGCUUUCGUCAAGGGAGUCGAAGAGUGGUUGAAGAUGGCUGAAGCGGUAUGGAGAGACAACCACUGA